AAAUUAACUAACUAAACAAACCCAAAUUAAAGCUGAAUAAAAUACCCAACAACCUUCUUUCAUAAUAUUUUGUUUAAUCAUUAAUUUUAUUCACAUAAUCACGUUCGUACAUUCUCGCACCAUCACACCUUCUCUUUGAUUCUGCUUCUUCCUCUCUCUAAAAUGCGCAUCACCUGUUCGACCAAAUGUCCCAAUGAACAAAAACAUCACUAAAAUUCAACCCCCUUUCGAAUUCUCAACGUAAUCAACCAAAGUAAUUGAAACCCAUUUGAUUAAGCUCAAAUUCUGAAAAUGGGUUUUGUUAUAGGAAUUGUUCUUGGUGUUGCUUCUGGUUUUGGAUUGAUCAUGGCUCUUGUUUACUAUGGGAACAUUCGCGCUAAACGCCGCGCAGAUUUGGCGGCAACAGUGGCUGCUUUCUCUAGGAUGACAGUGCAGGAUGCAAGAAAAUUGCUCACACCUGAGGAAUACCCACCUUGGGUUAUCUUCCCGCAAAUGGAAAAGUUAAAAUGGCUUAAUUCUCAGCUAGAGAAACUGUGGCCUUAUAUUAAUGAAGCGGCGUCGGAGUUAAUAAAGAGCUCUGUGGAGCCAGUUCUUGAGCAAUAUAGACCUGUCAUCUUAGCCUCCAUGACGUUUAAGAAGCUAACUCUUGGGACUGUGGCCCCUCAAUUUACAGGAAUCUGCAUUAUUGAUAGUGACCCUGGGGAGAUAAUCAUGGAAAUGGAAGUCCAGUGGGAUGGUAAUCCAAACAUUGUGCUUGAUGUGAAAACUCAUGUUGGUGUUGCACUGCCUAUACAGGUUAAGAAUAUAGGAUUUACAGGGCUUUUCAGGAUAAUUUUCAAGCCUCUCGUGGACGAGUUUCCUUGUUUUGGUGCUGUAUCUUAUUCUCUAAGAAAAAAGAAAGACUUGGAUUUCACACUUAAAGUUAUAGGUGGUGACAUGUCCAUUGUUCCAGGGCUUUCUGAUUCCAUUGAUAAUAUGAUAAGAGAUGCUAUAGAAGAUUCUAUAACGUGGCCAGUUCGCAAGAUAAUACCAAUUAUACCUGGAGAUUACAGUGACUUGGAACUGAAGCCUCGUGGAAUUUUAGAGGUGAAGCUGGUUCAAGCCAAAGACUUGUCAAAUAAAGACCUCAUUGGGAAGUCUGAUCCUUUUGCUUCCUUAUUCAUACGUCCACUACGCAACAGAACCAAAAAAAGCAAAACGAUUAACAAUCAACUGAAUCCAAUAUGGAACGAGACUUUUGACUUCGUAGUUGAGGAUCCAUCCACACAACAUUUGACUCUUAGAGUCUACGAUGAUGAAGGGCUUCAGCCUCCUCAACUCAUUGGUUGUGCACAUAUACCAAUCAAUGUGCUGGAGCCUGGUAAAGUGAAAAUUGAAUGGUUGACUCUAGUUAAGGACUUAGAGGUCCAAAGGGAUACAAAAUAUAGAGGUCAGGUUAAUCUUGAGCUCUUAUAUUGUCCAUUUGGCACUGAAAAUCAGAUUCUAAAUCCUUUUUCCUCUAAUGUGCCGUUGACGAACGUGGAGAGAGUCUUGAAAGACACAACUGACGAUGAUGUGAGUGAUAUUGAAAGAAAAACCAGUGAAAAGAAGCACGAGGUCAUCCUUAGAGGGGUACUUUCUGUAACAGUAGUAUCUGCAGAAAAUUUGCCAGUUAUGGACCUGACUGGAAAGUCUGACCCGUAUGUGGUCGUGUCAAUGAAGAAGGCAGGAACAAAAGUGAAAACUAGGGUGCUAAAUGAAACUCUAAAUCCAGUUUGGAACCAAACUUUUGACUUUGUUGUGGAGGAUGCUUUGCACGAAUUGCUUAUUUUUGAGGUGUAUGAUCAUGACACAAUUGGAAAGAAUUAUAUGGGAAGAUACAUCAUGACACUGACUAGAGUAUUGCUGGAAGGGGAUCUGUACGAUGUCUUUGAUCUAGACGGAACAAAAUCUGGGAGGUUAGCCUUGAAUCUCAAAUGGACUCCUCAGCCAAUUAUGAGGGAUGUUUAAGUAGGAUAAUUAGCAUGAAUGCAUGAUGAUGCUGUAAAAAACUUGGUUGAAAGGGUAAAUAGGAGUCAAUUGUGUUCUUCCAUUUCCCUCUCGGGUUUGAGCAGGAUAUGCACUCAACUUGAAGAAUAUAUCACAGUUUACUGCUGUAUAUGUAAUGACCAGAGACAUCAACACCGAGCACAUAGCGGAAUUCUGUACAUAGGCCAUGUAAUUAGAGCUUUUGUUUUAUUAGUCCUAUCAUCCUAUGUUAAGGUGUUCUAUCUGAUUUCCAAAACUUGUAUAUUCGUUCAUAUUUCAUAAGCUUAUUUCGCAAUUCUUUCGUAAGAUUAUAGACUCAAUACAUAUCCAUCAACAAAAUUUAUGGUA